GUGUCAGUGUCAAUGUCAGUUCAUGUCUUGUGCUUGUGUUUCAAAAGUAUUUUGUUUUACAAGACUACGCCCAAACAAUAGUCAAGAAUUCAACAAAAUAACGAAAUCAGACAAUGAAGAACAGAAGUUUAGCAGGUAACUGUGGCAUUGCUGUAUUCAUAAUUGCCCUUGUGACAGUGGCAUUGGCAUUCGGCACGCCUAGUUGGAUUGUCAGUGAUUCAAGAAUAAGAGGCAACCAAUUAGACAGAUUGGGAUUAUGGAGUCAUUGCUUCAGAUCGCUCCCCGAUCCUUUGGAUCAAUAUCAGCGCAGAUUCUUUGUGGGCUGCAGAUGGGUUUAUGACCCAUUCACUACAGGAUAUGACCGUAUUUUGGGAUAUCUACUUCCAGGAUUCAUGAUAGCAACUCAAUUCUUUUUCACCCUGUGUCUUGUGGGAGUGUUAAUUUCAACUAUUUUGGUUCUUGUAUUCUUCCUAUGUUGUGGACCUGACCAAAAUAGAUUUAUACUAAUAAUCCAGGGUAUAGGAUACAUAAUGUUGGGAGCAGGUAUAAGUGGAUGUAUAGCUGUUAUAGUGUUUGCCUGUUUUGGUAAUACUGAAGGAUGGAUGCCAGGACAUCCUAACAACUACUUUGGGUGGUCGUUUGGUCUUGCAGUGGUUGGAUCUGUGGCUUGCAUUAUCACAGCAGCUCUGUUCUUAACGGAAGCAAACAUUCAAUCAAAGAAACAAAACCGUUUUAAAGAGUCACAGGCACGUUUUGAGUUGGAACAUGAGUCAAAAGCCUAGUGCAAGUUUUGUAAACUUUGCCUUUUUGUAGGCCAGUAAGAGCUUACAAUGUAAACCAUUUUUUAUCCACAAACUAUCGAGAUAAACUGCCAGCCUUAAGUAAGCUUUAAUAUUUUAAAAAGAUAAGGCUUUGUAAGGUAUAUUUAAAUUUAAGGACAUUAACACUUUUCUUCUGCACAUUAUUUAUAAAUGUACAAAUAGAUCGGCAUUUGAAUCUUCUGAAAAAUUAAAUAUGGUUUUAUAUGUAGUUUGUAAGUUAAUAUUAGGUUUCAUAUUUUUUUUUAGCUUAAGUUUAAUAACAUUCCACCCAGCAAUAUUCCGUCCGCAAUCGCUUUAAUCGCCAAAUGUGUCUAUUUUUAGUGAUUUUAACAUCUUAAGAACUUCUUUAUUUAAGUAUUCCCUUAGCAUGACUUAGUAUUGGAAUCUAUCAAUUUAAAUGUUUAAAGUGCCUUUACAUUUUAGAGAAAUAACAAAUUCUAGUUGUAAGGUUUAUGUUUUAUGUGUUUGUAUUGUACAAUUUUAUCUGUUAAAACUACAGAUAUUUACAUUAUUCCGUCCAAAAUAGAUAUAAACAUUUGUAAAUCAAUUUAUGGUCAUUAAACGAAGUGUAAACAACUAAAAUAUGAUUGAAUAAUGUUUUAUCCAUUAGCUCUCUUUAACAAAAACAAAAAAUUUAAAUUAAAAUCAACAAAAACAUUGUUCCAUCUAUAUAAAGAACAAUUUUAAAAAGCCAACUUACAAUGUAAUUCAAUGCUCCUUCCGGAUAAUCAGUAAAUAGGUUAACUAAUGAUGACCCCUCUCAAUGAGGUGAUUAAUGUAACUAUAUUGUGUUAGUAGUAUAAAACAUUUAUAUUACUAUAUAUUACUACAUAUAUCACACUACAAUUUAAAUGUUGAAAUAAUCUUACAACGAUCAAUUUUAUUCUACUUUUAUGUGUGUAAUUUAUAAAAGAUGUG